AUGAAGCUAAACCUUGCCUCUCUUUCCUUUCUUGCGAGUCUCGCCCCGCUGGUUUCGGGUCAUUAUGUGUUUUCGAAGUUGAUUGUCGACGGACAGACCACUAAGGAUUUUGAAUACAUCCGAGAGAACAGCAAUGGGUACCAACCAACACUGGCUUCUGAAAUUGUGAGCGACGACUUCCGCUGCAACAAGGGCUCCAUGGAGUCUGCCGCCAAGACCAAGGUCUACACGGUUGCUCCAGGUGCCGAGAUUGGUUUUCAGCUCGCCUAUGGUGCCACGAUGAAGCACCCCGGCCCCCUGCAAAUCUACAUGUCCAAGGCACCCGGCGACGUCAAAAGCUACGACGGAUCAGGCGACUGGUUCAAGGUAUACCAGGAGGGUGUUUGCCACGACAUUUCCGGUGGCCUGAAGGAUACCGACUGGUGCACUUGGGAUAAGGAUACUGCAUCCUUCAAGAUCCCCGAGAAUACUCCGGCUGGCCAGUAUCUUGUUCGUGUGGAACACAUCGGCCUUCAUCGCGGCUUCAGUGGAAACUCCGAGUUCUACUUCACCUGCGCUCAAAUCGAGGUCACUGGCUCUGGUUCGGGCGUUCCGGAGCCCUUGGUCAAAAUCCCUGGCAUGUACAAUCCUGAGGAUCCCAACAUCCACUUCGACAUUUACUACCCUACCCCGACUUCCUACGAUCUUCCCGGUCCUUCUGUCUGGUCUGGCAGCGCCUCCGGUUCCUCUCCUACUAUCUCCGCCCCUCCUGUCAAUAACGCCGCCGCCGCUUCCUCUGCCGCUCCGACGACUCUUGUGACCCUCUCCAAGACCGUCGAUACACCUGCUCCUACUCAACCCGCUCCAUCAGUCGGUACUAUCAAGAAAUACUACCAAUGCGGUGGUGAGGGUUGGACUGGAUCCGGAUCGUGUGAAGCCGGCACUACCUGCCGCGACUGGAACCCUUGGUACCAUCAGUGUGUCUAA